AUGAAAGAAGAUGAACAACACAGUUUGGUACUCGUAUCUUUCAUUAUCUAUACACAACAAGAAACAGCAGUACCAUCAUCCAAUGAACAACUUCCAUUAGACAAACGUCGUAUUGAUCCUAAUGUACGUACAUCUAUUCCACUUUUUCGUGGAUCAAAUUUACGCAUUUUUGUUCGCAAACGUCCAUUUCAUGCUGUUCCGGAACAUUUUGCCAUACGACGAAAAGAACCUUCAACAUCCGCUAGCAGUGAAAAUAUUUGGGCUUCACUAUUAAGAAAUAAUGAACAAUAUCAACGUCGUUUCGACGAUUAUUCAGAAAAUCCAGGUCCCAUGUUUGGUUGA